UGACCCGUCAGCGGUUUAAAUACAGGAAUAGCUCCGAGUGUUUGAGUCCGAACUGAACGCUGUUCGCCAACGCUGUAACAUUUUCCCAUCUCUGUUGGUACUGUUUAACACUAGAAAAAGGUUCUGCCGAUGUAAGUGAAAUUUUAAGGUUCAUACAUCGACUUCUUGCUUCUUCCACUGCGUAAGACGAAACAGACGAAACAGAAGUCACACAUCACAACGACGUUUAGUAGUGAUAUCGUUGUCCAGUGUGACGCAUGGCUGAAAGUUAAGCUGUAACUUAUUAAUUACUAACUAUUUUUAUCCUCCAAUUACAGGUCGGAGCCAUUCCUGUAUUUAGUCGCUCGUUCAAUGCUCCUUCUCUUUUGGACGGUUCUAGCGGUUUUAUUCGGAUUAUUUGCUCUCUGGAAAUAUUUGAAACCUAGAGAGAGUAAUAAUCAGAGAAUUUCGAGCCGCCAGACCUCCGAAAAUAUGAAGGAGGCACGGCUGAAGUUUUUCGCAGGCAGAGAGGAAGUUUUAUCCAGGAGUACAAUGUUUACAAUCGACUCUAGUUCAGACACUCCAGCUCACGUUAGGACAAAUGACAGUGUUUCGGAAGAAAGAAAUAUUCAGAAAGAAAGACAGAAGAAAACUGUUGAUGCGGGACAAGAUAUUGAAGCUCCUGAACCUUCUGUGCGAUAUACGAAGUUGAUCGAAGGACCGAGGAAAGUGGGCAGUUCUGCUCUUGAAACCGAAAAUAGUCCUUUUGAUCCUGAAACAAGCGCACCCAUAACACGACCGCUUAAAUCUUUGGAUGAGGUUUUGUCAUGGACACAAGGGUUCGACUUCUUCAACGUGGCCUCAGUUCUGUUAACCGAAAAGAGCAGAAAGUUAGAGAAGAGACCUCGGACACUUGUGUGCCAUGACAUGAAAGGAGGUUAUCUUGAGGACAGGUUGGUAACUAUAACUUAAGAUAUCAUCCUUUAAAAGAGCUCAGGUAUUUGGGAAAACAGAAAACCUAGAAGUGAAGACACGUUUAAUCUGAUACCGUAAAAUUCUGAAAAUAAGCCCCUCCAAAUAUUACCCCCCUAAUCCUGUAUCGCAAAAAAGGCUCCAUUAAAUCGCCCCUCCAAAUAUAUCCCCCCCCGGGGCUUGUACUUGGAAAAUUGCCCUCAAAUACAAGUAAAACAAAGCAAAAAUGGUGAAUUUACUUCCAAUGAUAAGGCUAGCCCAAUCAAUUUUGAAAUGCAAAAUUUCCCUCCGUAGAUAAACCCCUCCCAACAUAAGCCCCUCAAAAAGGGCCUUUGAAAAAUAUAAGCCCCAGGGCUUAUUUUCGGAAUUUUACGGUAAGAACUCAGUAAGAACACACCAAGUCCUUGUUGAUCAGCUUUGUUGGGCAUCUCUGUGAGUGAUGUCAGUGUCUGGAAGGGUGGUCCUGAUCCUGUAUUCCGGCUCCUUUUUCACAAAAAUCCCAUUUGCUGCACUUUUUUCAUUGCUUUCCCAAAUUCUUUUCUUGUUUCCAAAACAAUACAAUAAAAACUAGUUAACAAGGCACACUCUGUAGUUUGGUUUGAACAGGAAAUUGGCUCUUGGUCACUUUGCUGCUUAAACAUAAUUAUGAUUUCCUGAAUUCCCAACGUACAGGCAAAAAAAUCCUGCAUCCCAUGCUGAAAGUUUGGUGAAUCCUGCUUCCCGGGUAUCUGUGAAAUCCUGUUUCCCUGUUAAGAUGUCUUGCAUUUUCCUGAAUCCCACACCAUAUUUUGUUCAAAUCCCAGUUCCCAAAAGCACUCUUCCAGACCCUGUGAUGUCCCCAACACAAGUGAUACAUUUAUAUAAGGGAUCUUAAGAUAUACUGUUUCUGCAAGUAUGGUAUGGUUAGGGGAACAAGUGUGCCAUUUUAUUAUUUGAAAAGGGAUCAUGAUAAAGUGAUUAUGACAUUCAGUAGCCAGUGUACCCAUUUCUGCCUUGUAAGAGGCAGUCUACCCAUACCCAUACACUGGAAAUGGGGUACUGUAAGGUGUCUAUUACUUCAUUUGUACUGGGUAGAGAAUACGUACCUUCCUGUGGGUUCGGAAUUUCCCUGUAGAAUAUUUUGAGAGGAUGAUUUUUUCCCCCAUAUGGUAAUGACAUUAUCGCAACAUUUAGUGGCUAGCCUACCAAACACUCCCUGGUAAGAGGCAGCCUGCCUGUAUUUAAGGCUACGGGUAAGUGUGAUUUACCCAUACCUAUACACUUGGGUAGCCGAUCAGAGCACAGGAUUCACUUUAUCUUGCCUGCCCACAGAUUCAGCAAUAUAAUAAAUGCAUAAUAUUUUUGAAAGGCCUAGUGAGACUAUCUCAAUUUGUUAUGGUGGGGAGACUUGUGUGUUUCUGUGACCUGGACAGCUUAGCCACUUGGUGAAACACACCCUGAUGAUGAUGAUGAUAUUGAAAGGCGUGGUAUGUUAGGAGCAGUUUCAGUUAAACUCAUCGACAAGAUGAGCUUGGGAGCGUGUGCCUUAAAGGUGGAUUGGCAGGUUGGUGGACUCCCCCGGAUAUCCAUGAGCCGUGACUCCUGCAGCAUGGAAAUUUUAAUUAUGCAGUUGCACCUUCAUGGCUGACCAGUCGGUGACCUAGGACGCUGCUGCAUGUUCUUGAAAUGCUGGUCAUAAUUUAGCCACAAAGCCACAAGUGACCACUAAACUGCUGGCAAGUCAGCAGGAUUGGAAGCUUAUAUUGUGACAGGUCGUUCCAGUGGUAGGGGAAAUACAAGGUGAGAAAACCUCCGUCCAAGUGAUAUGUCAUCAAUUUUUUUGUGGGAUCCCUUGGAAGUGCUAGUCAGGACUAUUUGGCCAUCAAAGAACAGCUAUGGCUCUGUUGUGGACUGAGUGAUGGUAGCAUGUAAAAGGUUGCUUAACUUGAUAAACUUCCCAGAGACGAUCUGGCUCAUGAUUUUCGUGGGACCCGGGGAAAAGCCAGAGCCCACAAUAAAAGGUUGAUGCAGAACUGGAAGAGGGGUAGUAACUGUGUUCGUACUCAGCAGUUCCAAAGGCACAAUGAAGGUGGAACUAGCACUGAACGCUGAUGUAGAAAGCGACAAGGUCCACAAUAGUAAUAACACUGGAUGGGUGCAAAAUCGAACAAUAGUGUUCACAAACAAAGGAACUACAAAGGACUGCGUACCUGUACACUAAGCACUAAAGGGAAUCAGAGAACGCGCCACCAGAAGCCAGAUACAUUGAAGAAUGAGAACUAAAGAUCUUGGGGAACACCCCAACAGCCAGAACAGAAGAUAGUGUUAUGAAGGUAAUUCAGCCGAACUGCUGGGUGCUGGAGGUUGAUCCGCUGCUUUUUCUACCCCUGGAGAAGCCUAGAGAAACCACAUCUACUAUCUGCUGAACAAGCGAUGGAGGAAUUGACAUCGUUGUUCAGACAGCAGACAAGCCAGUUGAGGAUCCAGCAGACGAAGCCAUAGUCGAGACAUGACUGAUAUAAUCCAAUGAAUACAAGUGCUAAAUCAAAUGAAGAGAAACUUGAAACGAACGACAGAAGUGAGCAAAAACCAGCAGAUAUCACAGGUUGUGAAUUGCAAUGAUCUGCAAAGAUCUAGCCUGCGUAGCAGGCGCUUGGAAGUAGUGGGCACAAGAAAAAACAGGCAUGCGAGAGGAAGAAACGCGAGGGCGAGAGGGAGCACCUGCUUGGAAAGCCCACAAAAAUCGUUUCCCGGCCCCAAUCUAAUCACCUGGCAGCAGUUGCAUGAUCUGUCAAAAGUUUUUACAGAAAACGACUGACCUCGCACAAACAAAGCAUGCGGCCAAAAAGCGCUGUACAUUUUAUCUGUGGUCUAAACAUAUCUGUUGUAAAGAUCAGCUGGGUUAUCUGAUUAUAGAGUGAUGGAGCAAUAAACUAAUGGUUAACACACAGCUUUAAAUCAUUUUAACCACGGGCACAAUAAAUAGGAAAUAACAAAGUCAAAACUGGGUAUCUUUUAAAGAAUGCAUGCUGUGUAUUAUAAAAAACUAAAAAUAUUGUUCUCUGAGCUUACUUAGCCACAACUGUACAGACACCAAUGAUCACAGCGUACACGGAAAAUGACCAUUGCUUUUACUGCGCUAAGUGGCAGCCGUUUUUGGAGCAGACAUGUCUUACUAAGCGGACCUAAACUUCAGAACACAAACUGUACGUACCAACACAUUUUCUACCGCAGUAAGAAGAUGUAAACAACAGACCUCAGGUCGCCUCUGAAUGGCGAAUAAUACAAAGUGAAAGGUUCUUUCAAAUUAAUGCCCCUGGUAAGUGUUUCAUUUCAUCAAUCAUGUCCAAGUUUUGAUGGUAUGCGUUCCAUCGACGACACAAGCCGCCAAGUUCUCCUGAGCCAAGAACAUUUCCUCUUAUCAUUUUUGCAACGAUUCGACAAAUCUUUUGUCUCUCUCCACUCCUGCUAAUGCGUAUCUCAUAUCAAUUCUUUCCAUCGUGAAUACUGUUUGAUCACUCCAACUUUUCUUUGAGAUUACAGCCACAUAGUCCCAUUAAUCCUGAUUGAAGUGACUUCUGAGACCUGAACUUCGAUUGUAUACAAUAAUAAUAAUAAUAAUAAUUUAUUACUUAUUCGGCACAAAUAUCUAUAUGAAUAUAUUCAAAUGCGCCUUACAAGUUACAUUAAAAUAAUAAUAAAAUAAUAAAUCUAAUAUAGUAAAACUAUCCAGUCCAUAUCUAAUAAAUAAACUAAAAAUUACACAGAGUAAAAAAUGUAAAAUUCUAAAAAAAAUAACAAGUAUACGCUUUCCUAAAAAGAUGAGUUUUCACUAAGGACUUAAAAACGUCCAUUGUCUUAGCAUUUCUAAUGUCAUUUGGGAGACCGUUCCACAGUCCCGGAGACGCAACUUGAAAUGCUCUGUCUCCCAAUGUCUUUUUUGUUUUUGUAGCAUUAUAAGGUUGUAGUAGUAGCUGUGACGAUGAUCUUAAAUUAUAAUUUGUUCGUUCCCUAGUUCUAAUUAAAUCUGAAAUAUAUAGUGGAGCAUAGCCAUGUAUUGCCUUAUAGGUUAAAAUUAGCACUUUGUAUUCAAUCCUAAAAGACACAGGCAGCCAAUGUACAAUUAUGGUUUCAGGAGCUAGUGGUGUAAUAUAAAAUCUUCACUACAUUGUCCAUGUAAGUUAUUGAUUGACAGUUUUCCCCUGUGCGGUAACUUUUUUCCUGGGGAGCCUCUCCACCAAUUGGAAAUAUCUGCACUCACAGAAUGCGAGUUGAAACGAUUUUCGGGGGCCUUCCGUGCAGGCGCUCCCUCAACCCUCGCGUGUCUCCCUUGCGCGCGCCCGUUCUCUCUUUCACCCUUUACUUCCAAGCGCCUGCUACGCAGGCUAGAAAAGAUCAGCAAAGCAAAGCAGAGCUGAGAUAUGUAAUCAAAUGUAGGCCCCCGCAGACCCGGUGGCCACUGCACAGAAGGCUGUCUGCCUGGGGUUCAACCGCUGACCCGCUAGUGUUGUCUUGAGGUUAACCUUGUCUAAAUUACAAUUUAGCCACAUAAAAUAACAGUUUUUCGCAAGGGAAUAGUCUUGAAUUAAAGAGUUCUAACAAAGUCAUACUUUUCUUAUAGGUUUGUUCAAGGCACCAAUACUGCACCGGGCGACUCAUACAUAAUAUACCACUGGCAGCUUAUUGACAUUUUUGUAUACUUCAGUCAUCAUUUUGUUACCAUACCUCCUCCGUGUUGGACCAAUGCUGCACACACCCAUGGUGUUCCAGUGUUGGGCACUGUAAUUACAGAGUCUGAGGAUGGAGUUAUAAGAUGCAGCAAAUUUUUAGAGGACAUGGCUUCAUGGAAGAGUCUUGCAAAUCAGCUGGUUGAUAUAGCAGACUAUUACAGAUUUGAUGGUUGGUUUCUUAACAUAGAAAAUCCCAUACAGGUACUGAAAAACAUUUGAUGUAAACCUGACUCCACCUCCUGCUAGCUUUUCAUAUAUGGCUAAAUAAUAUCUGGAUGGGUGUUCAUUAAAACUCUAAAAAGAAGCCAACAAAAAAAGAGAAAACUAAAUAUGAAGUAAUAUAAAAUCCAUCUUGCACAACCCAAAAGCAUAAUCAUAGCUACCUGCUAAGAGGAUAAGCAUAAUAUGAUGAAAUUUUUUACUUGUACAUUCAUUGCAUUCAUGGGGCUUUUUAGGGAUAAAAUUAGUGAUAAACAACGUAAAGUUAAUUGGCCAGAGAUGCUCCCGUUGAUUUUUUAAAUUUUUUCAAGUGUAGUCACGGAGCUACACCUGGGUUUAGUAUAAUGUAUGUUUAUCUAAAUUUUUUAUUAAGUUUGAUCAUGAAUUAAUGCAAUUUAAAUAUUCCAUAUAAACACAAUGGAAAAAAAUGGGACCUGAACCUCAAAACUCUUGUCAAAGUUAACCUCCAGGCAUGUACAUGUAUUUCAUCUUUGUUAUUUAUAAAAUAAUUAUAUUAUUGUUGGGUGCUUUUAUUUAUAGCCAGUGCAAAUCAACAAUCUAGAAGAGUUUGUAAAAUAUUUAACUGCGGAGAUGCAUCAGCGGAUUCCUAAUUCCUUGGUAAUUUGGUAUGACAGUGUAACAUACAAAGGAGACCUAGCGUGGCAAGAUGAACUCAAUGCUAAGAACAGGUACAUAUUGAAUCAGAUCUGUCAGGAAUUUACAUGUAAUGUGGGCUGUUGGCAAAAGGUGGAUCCGACCCGAUCAGAUCACUCCUAGUGACCCUAUCCCUUACCUUUUGUCAUUUAGUGAGUUUCAGGGGCUGAUUCAAUCCAGUCUGAUCCGGGUAUUGUUCAUGCCAUUUAAUAUGUACUUUUAAGAGGAUGUUGACUCUGUUAUUCAUCUCAUUGCGGGGCUGUCACUGAAAUUUCAAGUUGCCAUGUAAUUGAACAGCUAGGAAGUUUUUUGGUUUCCUCUAUUUUCCAUUGUUUUCUAAUGAAAGUAGCUAGGGAUAUGCCCAUAAUACCCCAAGGGAAGUCCCUGGCCCCUGGUGCUUAGUGACAGAAGUGUCAAUAGAUCCUAAAUUUUUCAUGCAUUAACAAGCUUCCUGAGAAUCACUGAUCACUGAAACUCAUUGUUUCUUUAAUAUGACGCUGAUAGCUUUUAGUGCUAAAACAUUUUUUGGAUUAUAACACUCCCCCGGUUUUCAUUUGUUUGGCAGAAUCUUUUUUGAUGCAAGUGAUGGUAUAUUUUUAAACUACAACUGGUCUGAAGCACACUUGAUGAGAUCUGCAGGUGCUGCUGGGCAUAAUCGCGUGGCAGAUGUCUAUGUUGGAGUGGAUGUUUUUGGGCGUGGCUGCUUUGGAGGGGGUGGCUACAAUUCUAAACUGGUACAUAACAAGUGUGAUAUGUUUCAGUAAUACUAUUUCAAGGCUUGAGAUGUGUUUGAAAAUAUUGAUCACUGUUGAUCCGGCAAAGAUCUAGACUUUUGGAUACUUAAAAGUAUCUAGAGCAAAAGUUGUGUGCAAUGGUCUCUGUAAAUGAAAUGACUUGCUUUUACGGAAACUCUGCUAAUAUUGUUCAAAACUGAACAUACAUCUCUGAGCACAUAUGUGCUACCCAGGCACCUAUUAGUAAAGCACUCAACCCUGUUCAGAUUUUGGCUUCAAUGAUUCCUUGUGUAAGAAAAGUCCCAUUCUAGUCACUUAUUUCACUGCCAUACUGUGAAACAUUUGUGUAUCAAAAAUAUCACACCUAAUACUAGUAAAAAUCUUUUUAUACAAAUAACCCAUUCUAAUGAGUCUAAAAGGACACCACUGACUGUUUUGAGGGAUUAGCCCUGUGGAGUCCUAACUUCAUCUCUCCAAACUUCCAUUUUAGCUUCAUGUAGUUGAUCUUAGAUAGAGUCAAAAUGUGGCUAAAUGUAAUUUAGGCAAAGUUAACCUCGAAGCAAUGCUGGUCAGCAGUUUCCCCAGCUAUACUAGGGGUGGCCCGAUGCCUCUAGCAGGGGCACCUAAUGACUUAUACAUGCAGUUGCUUGCUUGCAGUUCUUCGCAAAGUUUUGUUGCAAUAGCUUGCUGUUUGCGUGCCAGUUUGUGCUUUGGUUUUUCCCAUCCCUCCCUCCCUCUUGAGGUAUAGGCUAGGUAAGUAUUGGUCGGUAAGUAUUCCACUGAAUUGUUCAGUGUGACAGUGCCUGGUGGGGGCUGCUCGCAGGGUUGCCAUGGAUACCUCCUCCUCAUGCUAGAGCAUUGCCUGGCUCCACCAACUUUGUAGGUACCACUAAAAAUGCCCAAGCUCAUCUGUUGGUGAUGAGUUUAAUCAAGGAAAGUGUUUCAUUUUGUUUUAGGCGUUUAAAGUAAUAAGAGAGGAAAAAUUGUCUGCUGCACUGUUUGCUCCAGGAUGGGUUUUGGAGACACAAGGGUCUAAAAACUUCUUUGUGAAUCAAGACAAGUAAGAUAUCAGUAUAGAGUCUUAAGACUUAACAUUGUGUGCAUCUUUAUUAAUGUGUCUGAAUUCUUUCAAAGAUUUGUUAUUUAGCCUUGAAUAUCAACUGCUGUAUAUUGUGUUUUAACUGUGUAAUGUGUUACAUUCAUAAAUCGCGACUUUUCCAUCACAUUAUUUUUUCGUGAAGAUCUCUCCAGAUGAAAGAAUUUUGUUCAAGAUUCAAAAUAUUUUGUUGAAUUAUAAUGCCUGUGAAAAUAAAGAAAGAAUAAUCCCAUUGACAGGUGAUAAAAUUACUACUUUUCACAAGCUUUCAAGAAAUUUUUAAAUAACUUGUUUUUCCAUAUCAUGCAGAGUCAAUUAAUCAAUAAUUAUUACAAACCUGACAUUUCUGUUUUUUCUCUUCUGUAUCUAAGUAUGUUGCAGCUUUCGCUUAAAAUUUUCAUGAUUGGAUCAUACUGUAGGUUUUUCUAAUGCUUAAACUGUUAUCUCUCGUCAAAGGUUUUGGAACCUGUUGGCACCCUACUGUACUGUGCGUUCAGCAGUGAAGGAGAUUCCAUUUGUAACGUCAACAUGUCGUGGUUGUGGAAAAACUGCCAACAUAGAUGGAAAGGUGAUUUGCAGCUAGCAUAUUGUCCAGUAUGAAUUAAGUUCACAAAAAUUAACCUACAAUAUACUUGAUAUACCGGAUCAAGGAAGAGCACACUGUUAAUUAGGCCAUGAACGACUUAAACAAUGGAAUUGCUCAUCUAGAUGAACAUUGUAUUCAAAGAAUACUUGAGAAUAUGAAAUUUGGUCGUCCUAAUUUGCAGUUCAAACUUCAUUAGAAUGCAAAACCUCUUAUUUGGAGUAUUUUGUUUUCUGAAUCAGAUCCAUUGAAAUAAUAUUUGACUAAUAAGCCCCUUCUUGUAGUUACAUACACUGUAAACGUUUUCCUCUUCUUUUAUUAACAGCUAGUUUCCCAUUCAUAUUUCUUCCUUUUUAUUAGCAUUGGUUGAUUAAAUACAGUGAAACCUCUAUAAAGCGAAUCCCCACUUAAGCGGACACCCUCUAUUAUAGUGGCCACUUAGCCGGGUCCCAAAAUUGACAUCUUAUAUUUCCCUUCAUAAUGAACCUCUAUUAAGCAGACGUGGACAUUUGUUCAUUGAGCUCUCUGGCUUAAAUUAUUGAAAUGUAAGUUUUGUCUGGGUACUACCCAGUUAUCAGUGUAAAAUUUCAUUCAGGGUUCUUGCUAAGAUUUUGUUUUGCUAGGUAUAUGUAAUUAGCAGACAGAGAAUUAAACAGCUAGGAUGUUCUGUUGGGUCUGUUUUCUUGUCUGCUCAUACAUGUAGCAGCCAAGAAAUAUCCCCAUCCCCCAUACCUCAAUGACAGCCCUGAAUUCUUUGCUGUAAUUUUGUUUUCAUGAGUAAUGGGAAGUAUUGUUAGUGGACAGUUUACACAUUGCUUUCUUUUUUCCUCACACCUUUGAGACCUUGGAGAGCACUAUGCUGCUUUUAAGAUAACUACGCACUUAACAAACUACCAUUGCACAAAUAAGAUGAACAUUUUGGUGUCUUUUUGUUCGAUAGGUGGUACUCUCCAAGCUUUGGACAAAUCUAAGUGCACAGCAGUACCAGCCCACAUUUAUCAACACAUUCUUCAAUCUUGGUGCCAAGGGAGGACUGGCUAUCAGUGCUGUGGAGUAUACCAUGGAUGAUGCAUAUAAUGGUGGAGGUUGUCUUCUUAUUACUGGGCAUGCUCACUCCACUCCAGAGAUGUCUAAGGGUGUUGUUAGGUGCAGUACUUUCUAGUUUUUUUUCCCAGUGGUUAGAGCAUCUGAUCCCGUCUGGAACUCAGAAAUUUUUCUGAGUUCUUCUCUCCACACAUAUCAUUCCGUAUUUAUUAUUUAUUGCUCAGAGAGUAUUUAUAAAUGUGAUUGUACAAUGCAGUUAAUUUGUGUGUUCAUUUGACAUAAUAUGACUGCCCGAUGUGGUCCUUAUGUCAGCCCACAAAUGACCUGCUCAACACUAGAAUUCACAUUAGCUCAGUGGUUAGGGCAUCUGAUUAGUGUCUGGAAGGUCGUGGGUUCAUUUUCUCAUCUGGGAAAUUUUUUCUGAGUUCUUCUCUCCACACAUAUUCUAUUGAUUUAUUCUUUCCGUGUUGUAAGUAGAAUUUAUUAUCAUGGUGUCAAAAUACAUUGCUUCACAACAAUAAAACCAAAAGUUAUGUUUUUUAAAAAAAUAAUACAAUGCUACAUUAACGAAUUAAAAUAAAAAGCCAUUUUCAUCUGUUGAUAAUUUUUACAUUAUUGUCAUAAAGCAAUGUAUUUUAACGCCACAAGAAUAAACACUUAAACACGUCAUCUACGUUCCUUUUUCCCUUGCAGCUAAUUCAACACUUGUACUACUUUCAGACCGCUACUUUUCCUGGCAUUUUGGUUAAACUGAAAUUUCACUGUUUUUCGUCCUUCUUUCCCCAGACUAUUCAAAACAAAUUUCCAGAUUAUGGGACCUCUUUUGGUGUCAUUCACAUUUAAGUUGGACCUUAAAGACUGCAUUGAUGUGGCUUUACAGCUUCACACUAACAAGAUGCCUACUUAUCUACUGUUCUGUCCACUACCAUCAGUAAAGGAACAAGGUAUCUGUAAACUUCAUCUUAAACUGUAGUGAAACCCUGAAACAGUGAACCCCUCUAAAACGAAAUGUUUGUUAACCCUUGAAGUCCCAACAGUGAUCAACAUCGAUUUUCUCCUUGCAAUAUCAGCACAUUAUCAACAGAAAAAAGUUACGAGAAUUAAUAAAAUGAUCACCAAAGGAAAAAUGCUUUGAUCUUUUAUCAGUCGUAUGUUGAUACUGGGGCUUGAGGGGUUAACUGGGUUAAGCGAGUGAUGCUCUUUACCCCAGUUGUAGUAAAGUAUGUGAAAGAUAUCAGUACAACUCUCCCCUUUCCAGGUAAUUAGCCAUUGACUACUCGUUCCUAAUUGUCUUAAGAACGGAGGCGAGUAGUCUAGGAAUAAUUGUCUAGGGAGGGGGCGAGUUGUCAGGGGCGGAUCCAGGAUUUUUUUUAGGAGGGGGUGCACUCGGCUCUUGCUCUACUUCAUCACCAGUAAACCACAUAAUUUUUUUUUUUUGCAGAAUACCAGUUGUAUUAGAAAACCGCAGGUCAUCCGGGGGGGGGCACCCCCUGCACCCUCUCCCUAGAUCCCUAGAUCCGCCCCUGGUUGUCUAUAAUGGCAUAUACUCUGUUACAAUGUGUGGGGUUGUCUUUGGUUAUGUACCGAAUGGUGGAGCUGUGCCAUUGGUGAAAGACGGAAAGAUGAAAAACCAAAUAAAUUAGUUGAAUGAAAGUGUUCGUUGAUUCCGCGUGGAUUCAAAGAACGUUUUUUUUGUGUUCUGAGUUUUAGCAUGUUGACUUGGUGUGAAAUUGGAGUGCUGAUUGCCAUGUUGCCACUAAUGUAUUUCUUCUGAUGUGCUGGAAAAUUGGAUUCAUCACGGACCAUCACGAAAUAAGCUGUUCUGUUUCUAACAAAUAUCUGUGAUUGUAGAUGACAAGGAACUUCUAGUGAAAAAAAGGAACUAUUAUUUUAGUGUUUUACUUUCCUCAUGUGUGCUUUGAUCUGAAAUCGUCGUUGUGGCUUGAUUUUCACCUGUUUGCAGGAUAAUUUCCUAAUAUUGCACCUUUUUACCAAUUUUUAGAUCCCGGCCAGAUGGAAGAUUCUGAUUUAAAUAACAAGCUGAUUCGGCGUUAUGGCAUUCCUGAGUCGCGGACACUGACGUCAUCAGUGUUCACGUCCCCAAUUGGUUCAGAGCAUUACACAUUGUUUGAACCGCUGUCAGGUGAUCCUCAUCAAGUCGUCCAGCAGGCGUUUGGUUUAAGAGAAUAUGACGAAACUGGAACUAGCUCAGAAUGGCUCACGCGGUAAGUGCAGCAGUUAAUAGUACAGGAUGAAGACACAAUCACAGUCGUAAUUCCUUGAAACAGUUCUGGAAAACGCAAGCGACACGUAUGAAACCGCAAGAACCAAGGCGGUCCACAUGGCUAGAGCUUAUUCCUGUGACCCCCCUUGCCUUCCCUUGCCUAGUCCCUGAACUGCGUCUUCCCAUGCCUUCUCGGUCAAUUCGUUUCGGUGACGUAUCCGAGACGAAAACCGCUCGGACCACGUGACCCGAAACGCAUAGACCGCGCGGAAUAAUGAGGCCAAAAGACUAGGCAAUGCUUCCCCAAGACCUGAUGCUACACUGAAGUUCAUAACACGAUUACCCCGGAAGCCUAUUGCCGGUACACCCUUGGCGGAGGACCACACACAGUAUAUGGAGCGAAGUUUCUUGUCCAGCAGGGAAACAGCGCGAUGGCAACGAGAAUGCGCGACCAAGGCGCGAACCCACAUCUCGUGCGGCAAGUGUUUUUUUUUUAUUUGAGAAAGGUAACCCAUAGGGAAGUUCUUUUUUGCUUGCUGUCCCAUGCAAAUCUUGAUUUAUUUUCUAUCCUAUUUGCUUGAUCAGGCAUUACUUAAUCGCCGUCCACAUGGGCGGAGGCGGUCCACAUGGCUGGAGCUUAUUCCUGUGCUCCCCCGUGCCUAGUCCCUGAACUGCGUCUUCCCAGGCCUUCUUGGUCAAUUCGUUUCAGUGACGUAUCCGGCACGAAAAUCGCUCGGACCACGUGACCCGAAACGCCCAUAGACCGCGCGGAAUGAUUAGACCUAAAGAUAAAGGACUAUUGGAAAAAAAUAACUCAUAGGGAAGUUCUUUUUUGCUGGCUGUCCUAUAUAAAUCUUGAAUUAUUUUCUAUCCUAUUUGCUUGAUCAGGCAUUACUUAAUCGCCGGCAAAGAGUUAGAGGGAUGCACAGUGCAAGAAAUUCGACUGCUUUGUACCGUUUCGCCUGGUAAAGAGCUCAAUUGUUUUUAGCGUUGAUUUAAACAUUGGCAUGAGUUUUUAUUCAUUCUUGGCGUUAGUGGAAAGCACACACAUAUGGUCUCUUCUUUACUAUCCUUUAUUGUUGCUUAUUUAGGUGCGAAAUCCACGGGAACAUUUAAACUUCACUUAGGAGAAAUCAAGGUGAUUACUUUUCUUAUUGAUUAUAUUCAUCACGUUUAAAAUAAUGAGUUUUUUGAACCUUCUGGAGGCGAACACCUUUGGGACAAGAGUUCCAGAAGCUUUGAAAUCCUGCUUCUGAUUGGUCAUGAAAUAUUUUCUGGCCAAUUAAAAGAAAGAAUUUCAAAUGAGACUGCCUCUGCCAUUUUUCUGCCAACUUUGUCGGUAAUGACAACUUUGUCGUUUGGCUGCCCCUGGGGUCUCUGACGGUUUAUCGGGGAUAGUUUUAAGCUCAUCCUCGAACACGGUCUACCAGCACCAUUAUAAUUCAUAUCCAUUGCGACUGCGUUAAAGAGUUUGGGGAAUUUUAAUUUGUGAGGUAUUCUUAUAGAGUGACCACAAAAAAUAAAGCUAACCAAUUUUGAAAUGUUAGAAGAUAAUUCAUAACAUUUUCAUUUUGUACUAGAUCGUUGAUCCUAAAGUUCUCAAACACCCCCUUGCUUCUGUACGAAAUAUUAGAUGCCUCGACUUGAUAUGGAAGCCAACUGACCAAGGGUACAGCUUGAGCCUCACCCUCGUAUGGAACUGUCCAAUGAACGAUGGGCAGUUUGAUAAACCUGUGCACUACAACGUCUUCAGAGCAACAGAGGAUUCCAACCUGUUUUUGGGGCGCGCUUUUGUAGAGGCGUAUCGAGUUUGUCAACUGCCUGUGUCGAAAAACUGUUCUUCAGUAGAAUUUGUAGUUCAGAUUUUGACUCAGUCUGGGUUGAAGAAGCCUCUACAAGAAUGCAAUCGUUUUAAGUUAAAUUGGUAG